AUGGAUGUGAGGUUAGAUUACAUGAAUCCAACGAAAGUAGAAGAAGGUAUAGAUGUAGAAAUUUUGGAAGGAAAGAUUAAUUCCUUGAAUUUGGAAGAUUUAGAUCCAAGGGAGAAAUACUCAAGAGUGGUUCAAAAAAGAUUUGAGAGGUCAAUGAAGGAACUAGAUGAAAGAGAAAAUCAGAGUCACCCUUUUGUUAAAUGUAGGUCAUGUUUCUUGGUUAAGAAGGAUCACUGUAUAUGUACGAAUCUUUCAAGGCUUGCCGAUCAGAUUAAAAAAGUCCAGACUUAUCCAGAAAUCAAAUUUAUCAUCUUUAUGAAUGAUCGGGAGUACUUUAGAUCGUCAAAUACAGGAAAGCUCGUGAAACAUUUGAUUCCUGGCUCAGAGAUCUUAAUUCAUGGAAUCCCAGGUAGCUCUGAGAGGUUGGAAGAGAUCCUUUCUCAAGAUUUAGAAAUCUAUAACGAGACGGUAAUAUUAUAUCCUAGUAAAGAUUCAAAAAGUGUUUUAGAUUAUUUUUCGGAUCUAAAAGAAAAUAAAUAUUUCGAGCUUUUGGGUAAAGAACCUGAAAAUUCGUUGUUUUCUACGGAAUUUUAUAGGAAACUAAAACUUAAGGUAAUACUUAUUGAUGGUACUUGGUCCCAAGCAAAAAGUAUUAAUAAAUCUUUACCUAAACAGAUCAAAAGGAUUGUAAUUAAUAGCAAAUUAAUUUCGGACUUUGGCCCACUCAGAAAACAGAAUAAAGCUGGAAAUAUAUCUACAGUAGAAGCUUCAUCUCUAUUAAUUAAGGAAAUUAGAGAAAUGCUUUCGAAUAUAAUAGGGGACAGCAUCACAACUGAAAACUUGUCUCACCUUAAUUUGCAAUCUGAUCUUCUCGAAGAAUCUUUGAAAUUAUUGAUCAAACAUGUUAUUGCUCAAUGUAAGAGGGAAUAUCUUAAAGAAAUUCUUGAAAGCAGAAAUGAAAAAAGAUUUAGUACGCACAAACGAGAAACUUUAUGA